AUGCAUAUCGCAUUCCUGAGCAACCCUGCCUCGGGCCAGGUCAACGUCCUGUUUGCCACGGCGCAGCAGCUGGUGGACCAGGGCCAUCUGGUGACAUUCCUGUCUGCGGCCUCAUGCAGCAGCAAGAUCGAUCGCUUCCGCAGUGCCCAGCAGCCCUGCCACCAGCAUCUGAUCCGCUUCAUCAGCGUGGGCUCCGGCAAUGCGGUGCGAGACUUCACCGCGAUCAUCCAGACUCGCAUGCACCUCGCACGCAGGGCGCCUGGCGACCCGGUCAGCCUGCAGACCUGCAAUGAGUCUUCUCUCGGCCCAGCGGACGACCACGCUGCCACGGCCCUGAGCGUGCGAGAGCACCUCGACCAGGUCGAUCCGGACAUGAUCUGCGUCGAUGCGCUGACCACGGCGCUCCUCACCGGCGUGCGCCUCACCAAGCGCAAGUUUAUACUGACCGUGCCCUGCUCGCCUGGUCUGACUGCGCUUCCUGGUGCAUUCCAGCCCAGUCUGAUGGCUACAAACCGGCGGGGGUCAUGGGGGACCUUCUUCGAGAAUAUGUACCUCAGCAUGCACGACUUCAUCGACAGCCGACGCCACCCCGACCGUCGCGCAAAGCACAGGCUUAUCAAACGUCUCGGGCUCAAGUCCUACGGGGUCUCCAGCGACUCUUCCAUCCUCUCUCCCCACUGGGAAGACGACAACUGCGUCGCCAGCAUCCACUUCAACACCCAGGGCCUCCUCGACUGUCCCAACCAGUCGCCCAAGACCAUCUUCGUCGGCGCAGGCGUCGCAGCAGAGCCCUCGCCCUCGCCCUUGACUCCCCCGCCUACAACCCCGUCCACGCCGUCUCUCACCCCCGCCGGUUCAUUCCCCGAGCUCGUCUGGAUGGACGAAGCAGCCGUGCUCGGCCAGGACGUGGUCUACAUCAACAUGGGAUCGAUGUUCAUCUGGGAACCCGCCGAGUUCCGCGCAUGCAUCGAGGGCUUCAAGGCUGCUCAUAAGAAACUAAACGGGCGCGUCCGGUUCCUGUUCAAGAUCAACUCGCUCCCUCGCACGCCGAGCUCAACCUCAACAUCAGAAAAAGAACCAGCAGUAGAGGACCUAGAACUCCCCCCCUUCGUCCGCCUCACGCACUGGAUCUCAAACCAAACCGCCGUCUACACACACCCCGCCCUAAAAGCCUUCAUCCACCACGGCGGCGGCAACUCCUUCAACGAAGCCGUGCACUUCGCCGUUCCCCAGCUGGUACUAAGCCAGUGGCUCGACACACACGAGUACGCAACCUACGCACACAAAUUCGGCCUCGGCCUGCGCAGCGAACACCCGCCCUGGGUGGAGGCGGGGGAUAUCGAAGCUAAGAUCCUGGAACUGCUCGGCGCGCGCUGGGCGGAGUUCAAGGCGAAUUGCCGCUGGUGGGCGUAUCGGAGUGAGCUGGGUGGUGGGCCUGAAGCGGCGGCGAGGAUUGUUCUCUUCCAUGCGCAAACGCAACAGUUUUGUGCUGCACAGGUUGGAUCGCAGGGGCGGAAUCAGCAGUCUAAGCCUGGGUCUGGGUCCGAGUCGAAGUCUACUGAGACGGAGACCGAGACAGACGAGUUGACGCCCCCGUUGUCCCCUGUGCAGGUCUCGGCUGGUUUCGAGAAGGAUGCGGAGGGGGUCAAGGAGAUUGCUAUUUCGUGA